AAUUUUUAACAAAUUGUCAAUUAAUUGUGAUGUGACAGUUUCAGUCCCAUUUUAAUUACAUUUUAGAUUAAUGAUUGUAAUAUUUCCCUUUUUUUAAAUUAGUUAUAUGUUGCGACAAUGGCGUCCUCGAACGAUCAGAAUAUUAUAGAAGAGUUGAAAAGAGAAAUAGAAAGAUUAACCAGAGAAUUAGAUCAAGCCAGUAGUGAAAAUGUACAAUCAGCUCAGUAUGGUUUAGUUUUGUUAGAAGAGAAAAAAGAAUUAGAGUUGAAAUGGGAAGAAUUGGAAUCUUUAUAUGAAAAUACCAAACAUGAAUUGAAUAUCACCCAAGAGGCGUUAGCGAAAUUUCAAACUAGUCAUAAAGUGACGACAAAAACGGGAAUUGAAACUGAAGAAUCUUUGUUACACGAAUCGGCAGCUAGAGAAUCGUCUUUAACAUUGCAAAUUUUAGAAUUAGAAAAUGAAAUUAAACAGUGUAGACAUGAAUUGGAAAGAGUUACUGCUGAAAGGGAUCGUAUGUUACAGGAAAAUAAUGAUAUGGGUAAAGAUAAAGAAGAUAAGAAUAUGGAUUGCAAGAAACUACGUACUGAAUUAAGAGAAGUAAAAUUUAGAGAAAACCGUCUAAUAGCUGAUUACUCUGAGUUAGAGGAAGAGAAUAUCGCUCUUCAAAAACAAGUUUCUGCUUUGAAAAGUUCUCAGGUUGAAUUUGAAAGUUUAAAACAUGAAAUUAGGAGAUCCCAAGAAGAAAUGGAUUUGCUGAACUUGCAAUUGGAGGAAAUGACAAAUUUAAAAAGAAUUGCCGAGAAACAUAUGGAAGAAGCUUUGGAAUCUCUACAAAGUGAAAGGGAAGCCAAAUAUGCCUUAAAAAAAGAGCUAGAUCAACAAAUCAACCGUGAGUCUUUUUAUAAUAUUAACAACUUGGCUUAUAGAAUUAGGGGUAUAGCUGGAGAAGAUGCCGUUGGAAGUGAUUGUGAGGAUGAUUUGCCAGGCCUUAAACACCUUGAGGCAACCAUUUGCAAUGAAGUACAAUCUCCAGAUGGUAAACAGGUCGAUCUAUUCUCAGAAGUUCACCUAAAUGAAUUACACAAAUUAGAAAAGCAGCUUGAGGCUUUAGAGAAGGAUAAAUUUUCAUUGACACAAAGCUUAAGAGAAAAUCAGGGAAUGGUUGAGAAAAGCCAGGGCGAAUUGCAAGUGUUUAUAGCUCGUUUGACACAACUAGCAGCUCAUGUUGAUUCUUUACAACACCUCUCUCAAACAGUUGAUAAGAAUUUGGCAAAACCUGCUGAAGAAGCAGCUAGAGCUAUUCAGCAGUACCAACAAUGGUUCAAAAUGUCUGCAAAGGAAAUAGAACUUCUUAAAAAUGAUAUAAAAGAACUGGAAAACCUUACAAACAUCUCUGAUUCCACAUUGCAGCUUAGAAAUGAAAUAACUAAUCUAAAGAAUAAGUUAUUUGAUACGGAACAGAAAUCUAUGGACUUGGAUAGCGAUUUAAAAUUAUUAAGAGACUUUGCUAGUGAAGCUGGAGCUUCUUUGGAUGAAAGUCAGAACACAAUACAGGGAGUAUCAGAAGAUUUAGCCCAAUUAUAUCAUCAUUUGUGUACCAUCAAUGGACAAACGCCAUCCAGGGUUAUUUUAGAUCAUGAAAAGGAAGGAUUGACUCCUAUGACAGAAACGGCUCCACCUAUUGGUGAAAUGUCUAAAAUAGAAUUGUUAAGAAGCAGACUGAAAAAUGACAUUCCUCUACAUGAUUUAGAACCCUUAAAUGAUACUGCCACUUUAUCAAGGCAUGUUUCUACUAUAGUAGAUCAAAUAAAACAUUUGAGAACUGCAGUAGAAAGUACAAUUGAGUUAUCAAAGAACAAGAGAGGUACUACUAAUGAUGGUUCAUAUGAAUCGUCUCGUGACGAAUCAAGCGAAAGUGAAAUUCAAGAACUUCAAGAGCAAGUUGUCAGAUUGAAGAGUCUCCUUUCUACAAAACGAGAACAAAUAGCUACAUUAAGGACUGUUUUAAAAUCCAAUAAGAAUACAGCAGAAGUUGCUCUUACCAAUUUGAAGAGCAAGUAUGAAAAUGAAAAAACUAUAGUAUCUGAAACUAUGAUGAAAUUAAGAAACGAAUUAAGAUUACUUAAAGAAGAUGCCGCUACUUUCUCCAGCCUACGGGCAAUGUUUGCAGCGCGUUGUGAAGAAUAUGUUACUCAAGUAGAUGAACUUCAACAACAGUUGAGUGCAGCCGAAGACGAAAAGAAAACACUGAAUCAACUUCUAAGAUUGGCUGUCCAACAAAAAUUGAACAUCACACAGCGUUUGGAAGAGUUAGAAGUAGACAGAGAGAUAAGAAAUAAUGCCAGGCGACCCAACAACAGAAAUUACUCCAGAGGAGGUAGAUCUGGCGGCAGAGACGUCUUUUAGCGGAGGUCUAGACCGUUUUAUUACGCAUUAGCUUUCAUUACUACCUUCUUCAGAUUAUAAGAAGUAGCAAAUGUUAUGAAUAAUCGAAGAGGGUAGUUUUUUUAAGUUGGGUGUGAAAUCGAUUAUAACGUAAGUAGCGAUUAUUUUUUCUUCUCCUGAAAAUGAAUCGCUGUUUUGAAUAAUCGUGUGUCAGUUUAUAAGGCUAAAGUAUAUCAAUAUUUGUUGCCCUUGAUUAAAAGUAUAUAUGAUACUUUUAGUGCAACAAUUUUCGUUCUGUCCAUUUUAGUAAUUGUGAUAUAUUAUAAAAAAUAAAUAAAUAAAAAAUUAUUUAAUACACUUACGUUUUAACAUUUAUAGGAUGUCAUAGACUGUUCAAUCUCUGACGUCUCCUAUACUUUUUAUAAAAUAAUAAACUAAUAUGUGCAAUUGUGUUUGUUAUUAAUUCACGCCAUUAUUAGUUAUUUUCAUAACGGUGAAAGGUUUUAUUAAAUAUUCAACUGGUAUUCAAAAUUAACGCAUCCAUAACCGAUUUGAAAUGAAAUUGAAUGAAAAAUGAAAUUUCAAUAAAACAGGUAGAAAAUAAGACAUUUGUUAGAAACAUGUUAUUUGAUUAAAUAAUAACUUGUUGAUUUUGUACUUUGUAAACCUUUUUUUGACAUAAUAAUUAGCAAGUUUUCCUUGUUUAAUGAUUUUCCAAUUAGCUGUCAGAAUUGAUUGAAUUUACUCUCAUUUGUGAUGCGAUAAUUUUGAACGCAUAUUUAUACAGAAUUAUCAUACUCUGGAUAAGAAAAUUUAUAGAUUCACCAUUUUUCUGAUAUUUUCAAACAUAGCAGCUAAUAAUUGAGAUUUAUAGUGAUUUUUCUUUAUAUCAUAUAUUGGGAAGAAUUUGUCUUUCUCACAAUAUAGGUGUCACAAAUUUUCUUGUGAAAAAACUCUUUGCAAUCUGACGUCAGAAAUAAAAAAAAUGUUAUCAAGAUUAUUCAAAUGACUAGGAAAAUAAGAUAGGAUAAAUCUAGACCAAUAAAAUAGUUGAUUUGCCAGAUAUAUGAAAUAGGACGAAAUAAUGGGAAAGCAUUGAAAAGCACACAAUGCCUAAAGAGACAAAAAAGUAAUACAAGAUUAUUCGGGAAAUAAAUAUCUUUGUAUCUAUCUAAUUUACCCUUCAUACACUAGUUCUAAUUAUUCAUUCAAUUAUUCUGUAAUUAGGGAUUGUGAAGAGUUUAAAUGAUUUGAUGAAAUUUUUACAAUUGGUAGCUGGUUAAGUAUUCAGUUUUUUACUUAAAAAUGAGGAUAUUUUUGAUGAUCAAAAACCUUUUUAGCUUGUGAUUUUUGUAAAAUAGUUGGUUAUAAAUGUGUCUAUUAUUUAUUCUCCUUUUUUUAUAUAUAUUUUUUAUUUUAUAAAAUAAUACCGGUAGUAGUAACACUCUUAUAGUAUAACUAUUUAUUUUGGUUAGUUAUUAAAUCAAUUAAUAGAGUAAUAGAAAUAAAAGAAAAGUAACCGUUUAAACUUGAAUGAUUUCCAAGAAAAAUUAUGCCAAUUUCAGAGGUUGAUAUCUGAUCAAAAAGAUAUUGUUAUAGUUCAGCAUUACUUACGUGGGGUUCUCCUUUUCCCCGAUCAAAAUACAAUCACAAAAGUAGAAAUAUGAUUCCUGAAUAUAACACUUGAAAACAUUUAGUUUGAAUACGUUACUUUUCUCAUUAUAUAAUAUUAUGUAUAAAAUAUUCUUGAUCUUUCUAUAUAUUUCUGUAAAAAUCUUAUAAACAAGAUGAGGGUAUUUCUACAUGCAUAUAAUAAGAAGAAAACAAAUCUUUAAAAGAGUGAAUGGGAAAACCUUUUUUGUUCAAUUUCGUUUAAAGAGUUAAUAUUUGGGAGUGUUUAUAAAAAAUAUAAGGAUAAUUAUUUUCAGGUUACCCCCUGCCGCAUGCUAUAUCUAUAUAAAAUAGCUGUGAUGCAAAAAAAGUCCAAUUGACACCUUCUAAAUGGCCUUCUAUUUAUAUGAAAUGGUGUAAGACAUGAAACUAUUAUCAUAAUGCCUUACAAUCAUUCCCAAAAUAUUAACUAUGUAUUGAAAACCAUUUUUUGAUGUGCUAGAAGUUUGUGUCAAGGUUACCAAAAAUUGCAAACUGAUUUUUAUUUAAUCAUUUAUCUAUUCGAUGUAAGAAGCAUUUUAAAUAUUAACUAAACAUCAAUUUAAAAAGUCAGAAAGAGAAACAUCAUGUUUUUGAUAUAAACCCUUUUAGCUGAUUGAUAUAUGCUUCUUAACAAUCAGCUUCUAUUUGAAAUAAUAAGCCUAAUUUUUUUUAUUUAAAUUCACCUUUUGAAAUUAUGAGUAUAUAUCAAAAUCAUAUAACAAUUUGGUAUCCGUUAUUGCAACAAAUUGUAAUUCCAUCUCCUAAGAAUAUUGAAAAAUCAAGAAUUAUUAAUGAAAUAUUGUAUUUUUUCCAUUUUUUUAAAGAAUAUCGCUUAGAAAUAUAGAGUUAGACAUAUGUGUUUAAAAAGAAAUUUAGAGUAUCAGAAAAAUCGCAAAAAAAAAAUGUUUGUUUAUUAAUAUGUGAAUUUUUGGGUGAUUCGAUAUGGUCGAAAACUGUCCCAUUUUUAGAAGAAAUCCAUGUUCAUCCAAUUUUUCCGUUGGUUCUGUGUCCAUAAAUGAUAAAUAUCUGAUUAUUUCUUAGGAAUUAUCUAAUUGCUAACAUUCAUUUACUCUUGAAUUUUCUCAUAACAUAUAAACUGUAUAAACAAAAAACUUCCACUUUGAAAUAUUACAUCCCAUUAUUCCAAAUAAUAAACUAAUAGUCAAGAAGCUUUUUGAAUCUCUCUUAUAAUAAUGUAGUAUAUGAGAAAAUCCAUGUAUGUUCCUUAUAUUUUUAAUCCAACUAGUCAUGAUGUCUAUAUAUAAGUUUAAGCUAUUUAAACGUGCAAAAAUUUUCUUAAUUAUGAAUGUUAGUUAUUUGAUGUUUCUAUUAUUUGUCCUCUUUCCGAGCCUAUGGACCAUACGGAAUUUACUCCCGUCCCUAACAUUGAAAAAUGUUUCGUCUCAAUACAAUAAAA